AUUCAUUGGUUGUGUUUGUGUUGAAAUGUUUUGACUCAAUGUCUCGUCAGUUGUCGACACAAAAUGUAUUGAAAUCUUCAUUCAAUCCAUUCAUUGAUCACUCAAUGCAUCCAAUGGUGAAACCCAUUGACGUUUGAAUUGAUAUCUGAAGACAUCGAUGAACAGCGCGAAGACAUCUGUCAAGCGCGCCAUAAGUGCACCACCGAUGAAGAGGAAUGCCUUAACCGCUAACAAAGUCACUCAAAUGGACAGCACUUCCAGGUCUGGAGGAGCCGAUGAGGAGCUGUUCAUGAAUGAGUUCGAAGACGUGCCCCGAGUUAUGAUCUUUUCGAGCAAAGACUUGGACCGAGAAAUUAAUAAAAUCCGUGAGACGUGUGCCGACCCGAGCAUCCAAUGGGAGAAACGAGUGGAAGCCCUCAAAAGACUGCGCUCUCUAUUAAUAGCCGGAGCCGCAGAUUUCGACGAAUUCAAUGGCUAUCUUAAACCACUGGAACUGGCAUUUCAAGUGUCAGUGAAGGACUUGAGAUCCAAAGUGGUUCGCGAGGCCUCCAUUACCAUCGCAUAUAUGUCGCAACGACUGGGAAUCAGAUGCGAUCGAUUUGUUGAAGCAUUACUUCCAACACUUAUAAAUCUGAUUCAAAAUAGUGCCAAAAUAAUGUCGAGCUCUGCAGUAGUGGCCAUUCGGUUCAUAAUACAGUCGACUCACGCGAGUCGUCUGAUUCCAGUCAUUACAUACAAUAUAUCGUCGAAGUCUAAAGAGAUUCGUAAGUCUUGCUGUGAGUUUUUGGAUCAGAUGUUCCACACGUGGCCCAAUCAGUCCCUCGAAAAGCAUGUGGCGAUACUGUCAGAGGCCAUCAAAAAGGGCAUUUGCGACGCCGACCCCGAGGCCCGCACUUACGCGCGAAAGGCUUACUGGGGUUUCGCCGAUAAGUUCAAGAAAGAGGCCAACUAUUUGAUGACUUCGUUGGACAGCAGUAAACAGCGUAUACUUCACGGCGAACACAACAAUAUCUCCAAUUGGAGUUCAACCCAUUCGCUGACCAAAGCGGCCCCACAAAGACCACAAUCGAUUCGCACCACAAGUGUCUCUUCCAGCGGUUCCAUUGAGAACCUGAGCCGUCAAAACACGUUGACUAAAGGCCGGUCAGGGAUUCCCAUAUUUUCUCCACGAAAUGACCCGUCUGCACGUGUGAUGCCCUCUCCUUUUAGAACAACCAGUGCUAUAGAUCCCGGAGCGCAGCGAAGAGCUAAAGCCAGAGCGGCUUAUUGUGCAGCACUCGCACAGCCAAAGGGUGUUCCCUCCGGUUAUACUGCUUCGCGAACGACACCGAAAAGAGUGGAUCCGACGCCCGAAAGAAGUCGAACGAAAGCGAGAGUAUCGAAGUCACAACCGGGCAGUCGUUCGGCGUCGCCCUCGAGAUUCAAUUUCGGUUCUAUACAAACAGACUCUCGCGGACAUCGAGUGAGACGACAAUCAGGAAUACCGACGGCUUCCAGUCGUGAUCCGAGUCCUAAUCGCGCUGUCAUUACCGGAUAUGCAUCGAUGGAAAGGCGACUGAGCGCUAGUGGAAGAAAUCGAAACUUUAUUGCCAAUAACUCAAACACAAAUGAAAGACAGACGCCUUUAAUGGCUGAGAAAAUACUUCAACAAAGCCAAGAGGCAGAGGCCGCCCUCCAAGAUGCUCUCAUUGCUGACGCACAGGCAAUGAGCGCUCGCAAGAGAUAUAACAAUCAAUACGACGAUCAUUCGGAUGAAAGUGAAACUUCGAGUAUUUGUUCCGAUAUUUCAUUUAGUUCUUAUGGAAGAAGGAAAAUAGAGGAUGUCUCAGAUAUUAUUGAGAACCUCUCGAGUACUCACUGGUCAGACAGGAAAGAAGGCCUCCAGAGUUUAGCCCAUUUGUUCAGAGACUCGACACGAAUGUUAAAUUCAUACGAAUUGAUAAGAAUUACGGAUAUAUUUACAAAAAUGCUUUUGGAUCCGCACACAAAGACAUUUACAUUAUUUUUGGGAAUUCUUAACGAUUUAAUAUUAAUAUAUAAACAUGAGUUGAAUUCAUGGCUUUAUAUUCUCAUCACUCGACUCAUGUUGAAGAUUGGAUCCGACACUUUAGGAUCCAUUCAAAGCCGAAUUCUAAAAACAUUUGACUUAAUUCGAGAGUCAUUCUCACCGGAAGAUCAGUUUGUGGUGAUUAUCCGCUUUCUUUCAGAUCAGACACAAACUCCGAACGUUAGAGUGAAGACAUCUAUUCUGCAGUAUUUGCUUCAUUUGAUUCCAUUAAUGGAUUCAAACGAUAUAAACUUCAAUUCGAGGAAUAAUCACGAGAUACAGCUCUCACUUAUGAAAAUCAUUUCGUGGACCGCAGACCCCAAGAGCUCAGAAUUGCGGAGAAUAUCUCAGGACGUGAUCGUAGACUUGUAUAACUUGAACGCCGCCGAUAUGUCACUCAUAAUUAACGCUUUGCCCAAAACCUAUGAAGACGCGGCGCUUCAGAUUAUAUACCAUAAGCGCAGGAGUCGUAGCCAAUCGCCGGCAUUCAGUCCUCUAACGCCUGUCUCACUUCGAACCCCAUCUGUGAUCAAAACAAGUCAGGCCUUCAAUAAACUCAGUUUAUACGAUGAAACCGAGAAUUUAAAUCCCGACGAUAUCUACAAUUCGUUGCGCAAAACGACGGAUGAAAUCCAAAAAUAUAGUUUUAAUGUGGAUUCGGAUUCCAUUACAACGAUUACAAACACUUCAACAAAUAAUCACAAUAUAAGUGAUGAUAAACAGACAUUAAGUCCGACCAUUAGUCCAAAAAAGACAGUCUUAGGCCGUAAUAUAAAAGACCUGUCGAGUGCUUCACAGGAUUCAGGGAUCAGUCAAUUAGACGGCACUUCCAUCGGACAGAACAACAGACAAACUCCGGUCACAUCUCCUCUCAAACCGAGCGCUAAUGAGACUAUUAUUCCGAUUGUGUUUUCACAGAACGGAAACCAUUCUUAUAUUGAGAACGAAAACAGCGCUUAUUUUAAUACAGUUUUGAUUGGUUUGCGAUCUAAUACUAAAGACACUGAAUCUCAAAAAGAAAGUCUCAACGAUUUGAUUGAAUUGAUUCGCGAGGGAAGUAACGAAGAGUGGGCUCAAAGAUUCAAAGAAGUGUAUCGAAUACUAUUGGAUAAAAUGACGGAACAGUCGAAUAGUGCGAUCCGAGCCAUGUCUUUGAGAGUGAUGUGCGAACUGCUUAUGAAACGAACCAAAUAUUUCCCAGAGUUUAUUGAACUCACAAUUCUUAGAAUUCUUGAGUCCAGUAAAGAUCCCGAGAAAGAAGUGGUUCGCGCGGCUGAGGGCGCGGCCGGCACUGCAUCCGCUGUAUUGCCGCCCGAACAGUGCCUCAAAAUACUUAAGUCUGUUAUUAAAACGGGUGAAAAUCCUGUUAAUAUUGCAGCCAUUAAAAUGUUAACUAAAUUAAUAGAAUUACAGCCAAAGCAUAUUGUGAUGGAUUUAUUGCCCCAAAUGAUGCCCGCAUUGCUUCAAGCGUACGACAAUCCGGAAAGUGCUGUCCGAAAGGCUGCUGUGUUUUGCAUGGUUUCUAUCCACAGCGUUGUCGCCGAUGCUAUUAAUCCUUACUUAUCGUCACUAAACGGAAGUAAAAUGAAAUUAUUGAAGCUUUACAUCGAAAGAGCUAAGAGCCAAUCGGGCAACAGUUCACCCCUAUUGGCCGCCACGUCCUGACAAACUACUGGCAAAAGCAGCUAUACUUUGUGUGCCAUUAAUUCAUCCAUUUUUCUAUUUUCUAAACGAUUGAUUGAUUUUUUGGUGACAAUUGUGUCAAUAAAUUCAUUCCACAUUUGCUUUUUAUUUCGCUAUUUUAGAACAACUGAAGAACUUUUAACUUUAUUUUAUUUAGUAAUAAGUUUUUGAUUAUUCAAUAUAUUUAUUAAUUAAAACUUUAAAGACUACUGUUUUUUAUCUAGUUUUCCAUUUCCAGAACUGUUUCCAAUUAUAAUGAUUAUUAUAUAAAUAAUGAUAUUUUUCAUUAAUCUCUAGAAUUUAUCCC